UCUUAAGUUUCGGCCAUGAGUAAGAUUCAGAGUAAUUCUCUUAGGGAGGCUAUUUCUAUCAUCAAGGCCGCUUCCAAGGAAAAGAGUCAUAAGUUGACAGAAACUACAAAACUUCAGAUUGGGCUGAAAAAUUAUGAUCCCCAAAAGGACAAGCGUUUCAGUGGUUCCGUUAAGUUGCCACACAUUCCUCGUCCAAAGAUGAAGGUCUGCAUGCUUGGAGAUGCUCAGCAUGUUGAAGAGGCUCAGAAGAUCGAUUUGGAGUACAUGGAUGUAGAAGCGCUGAAGAAGUUAAACAAGAACAAGAAAUUGGAUAAGGAACUGGCUAAAAAGUACCAUGCCUCUUUAGCAUCAGAAGUUGUUAUCAAGCAGACUCCCCGUCUUUUGGGUCCUGGUCUCAACAAGGCAUGUUGGUACAAGAGCCAUGUUUUUAGUGCUGAUUGCUUUGGUAAAAGGCUGGUUCGUACAUAAUGGCCCAUUUGGUGU